CCAGGGCCAGGCGAGCUCCCCCUUCUCUUCGCACCUCGGCGGUUCUAUUACUGGCAGGCUUCGCUUUGACUUCUUCAGUUGUCUCUGGAGCGCCUCUUCGGCCGGGCUGGAGAACAUGCAUUGCUUGCCGAGCCUGGUGAUGACCCUGAGCGCCCUGUUGCUGAUCUUGGGGCUGCUGCACUUGUUGGUGUUUUGUCAACGGCCCUGUGGCUACGGGAAGCACGAGCCCCGCCAGCCAAACCCGGGGGGAAACCACGCCGCGGAGACCCCGCGCCGCGCCCACCUGCCGGCCCGCCGCGCCUGGUUCCUCCAGGAGCUGCCCGCCUUCCUGGUGCCCGCGCUUCUGCUGGCGCUGCGUAACCCGCCAGGCUUCGCCCCGCUGGGCUGCAGGCUGCUGGGCGGCAUGUUCUGCGGCCACUAUUUCCACAGGACAUUCAUUUACUCAUUCUUCCGAAGAGGCAGACCUUUCCCGCUAAAGAUAGUGUUUUUGGGUGCACUGUUCUGUAUCUAUAAUGGCUUCCUUCAAGGCUAUUACAUGAUUUAUUGUGCUGAAUACCCAGAUGACUGGUGUAAAGACAUACGAUUUUUGUCAGGUCUUUUGUUGUUUUUGUCUGGCAUGGGAAUCAAUAUCCACAGUGAUUUUCUUCUACGUCAGCUAAGAAAGCCAGGAGAGUUCACUUAUAAAAUUCCACAAGGAGGAUUGUUUGCAUAUGUCUCAGGAGCAAAUUUCUUUGGGGAAAUCCUUGAAUGGUUCGGGUAUGCUAUAGCGACCUGGUCUCUACCGGCCUUCGCCUUCGCAUUUUUUACACUCUGCUGCAUUGGACCACGUGCUUAUCAUCAUCAUAGGUAUUAUCUGAAGACAUUCACAGCCUAUCCAAGAUCAAGAAAAGCCUUGAUUCCUUUUAUAUUUUGAAGAAUAGUUAUCAGAAUGGAUGGGUAUUAUGUGUUCUUUAUUGUUUACAUAAGAGUGCUAUUAUUGUUAAGUAUAAUGUAUUAAAACACCCUUGAAUCAUUUCUUUUUGUAUGAUAGAAUUCUUUUGGCUCUUAAGUGCAUUCAGCAUUUAAUGUUCUCCUACCUGCAUUUCACAAGUUGGCAAUCAGUGCUUGGUUGUUUGGGAAAUUGGACUGUUAUAGCUAUCUGCUUUUCACAGGAAGCAGUGAAAAUUAAGAACAGUUCAGUUAAGAAAAAAAGGGCUUGUUAGCUGUAAGCCUAUUGCUCUGUUUCUGUGUUCUUUCUCAUAAAGACAAAGAAAACAUUCCAUACAAAAAUGAUACUCAGUUUCAAGAGUAUAUGAAUGCAUCUUUUUGUAUUUUUUCAAAUCAGUUGUGGUUGUAUAUAAUUAUCAUCAAAAAUGAAAUAUAAGUCACUCAGAAA